AUGGCGAUGCAGGGCGUGCUCAACACCCGUGUGAAGAAAUCAAGGAUCCGCUCCGAGCAGGAUCGGGAAACCUUGGAGAAUCACUGGUUUCACUUCACGAGAAAGCUGCUCAUGGUGAACGGCGGUCCAGCUGCACUGAAGAAUUUGAACAAGAGCGCGUAUCCCGGGGACUUCACCACGUCUCGUCCGGUACCUUCACAAGGAAUGAUUCCCUCUUCGGAGAAGGUGCAGCAGGCUUGCACACAUCCGAAGGAGUAUCAGACAAAGGGAGCCAAUCAACACGGCACUUGGACCCGAUGCAGUCUGUGUCAAACCAAAACAGGCUAUCAGAAAUAUGGUCCGGACAACCCACCUCCGAAGACGAAGGGUGCCGUGGUCGAGACCUAUGUGGCCUCGGAAGCAAUGGGCACCACCAGGGUGCCGAUGGGGGCGAGCAGUUCAGAAUCUCCUCAGCCCCUCACGCCAGACUUGGAGACGGCCUUCAGAGGACAGAAUCAGCAGCUCGUGCAGAGCACGGCGGCGGUGAUGGCCCAAGUGAUGACGCCAGUGGUGGAGGGAUUUCAUCAAGCCCUUCGAUACCAAGCGGAAGAAUCCCAGAGAGCUCAGGAAAGGCAGGAGACUCAGAUGCAGCAAUCCUUUCUGGCCCUUCAGAGGAUCAUGCAGCAGACGGAUCCAGCUCGCCAGCCAGGGGCUGCCUUUCCUGCCCUCCCUCCGGAGGAAUUGCAUCGUCUUCUGGCUCAGGGAUUUGCGAUGGCCAGUCAACAUCCGCUGCCGGAAGACGAGGACUGGGAUUCUGUGCAGCGUGGGUGUCGCCAUGGAGACUUGGAGAAGAGACCGACCUCGAGUCUCAAGGUGAUGGAACUUUUCUCUCCUCCAAGAAUCACACAGGAAGCAGCUCAAGCAGGACUUCAAGUCACUGAGCCAUCCAACUUCGACUUGAAGCUAGGCUGGAACGCACUGUGUCCAGAAGAUCGAAAGAAGAUGUGGAAAACCAUAGAAGAACAAGAGCCAGGUGUCAUCCUCAUGAGUCCCGACUGCAAGAUGUUCAGUCAGCUGAUGAAUGUGAACUUGAAACGUAUUCCAGUCGAGAAGCUCACUCGUCAGCAGAUGGAGGCUCUGGUGAUGUGGCAUCUUUGUUUGCAAGUGGCCGAACACCAGAUGAAGAAAGGUCGCUAUUUCGUCCUGGAGCAGCCGGCUGGAGCCUCGUCCUGGUCAACGCACGGAAGUAAGUCAUUGAUUCAGGGUAUCCUCAUGGGUGCCAGUGAGUUCGUUGGCGCCACUCACGUCGACGAUGUGAUAGAUGAGGACGAGGCAGAACAAGAAGGAGUUGAACGACAACCUCGCACUCCUGGCACUCUUCAGAGAGAUCUCUCCGACCAACUGACGGAAGAGCAGAAGAAGAAGAUCACGCUCAUGCAUCUCAACAUGGGACACUUGAGCAAGGAUCAGAUGCUUGCUAUGCUCAAGGCGGCCGGUGCUAAGGAGGGUGUUCUCAGAUACGUCAAAGACAAGUUCAGGCUGGACACACAGUGUGGGUGUCCACGCGAGCUCGACUUUGGAAGUGCAAUUCAGAUCAACUCCGACCAGCUUCCCACUUUGAGUCCAUAG